UGUGUCACUGCAGUUUGUGUGAGUCUGUGAGUCAGUGCGCGCCGCACAACUGAACACCCAUUCUCAGAUUAUUUCUGGGAAUUCGUAGGUGGCUGUGUAUAUGUUGCUUUUUGACACUGUUGGCGUUAAAUGUUCAGUUUCCGACGUCAAUUUUCAUUUUAGCGUAUCCUGCAAUUUGUAUUAACCCAAGCAGUUUCAUGUUUCCUUAUCUCAGAACAGCUAGUGUUCGAGGUCUUGGUGCUAUAUGCAGGUAAAUUAUGCCAGAGUUUGUGACCGAAACAGUCUGUCCAGAAGCUAUAACUCUAAUUAUCGACUUGUUUCCACCACAGCCAAUCGGCGUGGUCUAGAAGAAUUUUUCGAUGAUCCAAAGCAUUGGGGAGAAACAUCUGUUCCCGCAGGAAGGCCCUGGCGGAAAGAAGAGCUUCGAUUGAAGAGUAACUCCGAUCUUCACAGGCUUUGGCAUAUACUACUCAAAGAACGGAACAUGCUAAUGACGAUGGACGAAGAGCACUACCGGUGCCUCGAGCGAAUGCCCAACCCAGAACGGUUUGAGAAGGUGGAAGAAAGCAUGGAAAAUAUCAUGUACGUCGUCCAAGAACGCAACCAGGCUGAGGCAUUGCUGGAAGAUGGCGAAUGGAUUGGCCCAAAGACUGUACAUGAUGUGGAUGUUUUAGGCCGUCCUUGUGUUCGAUUGACGAGCGAGCACACUGAACCACGUGUGGCAGACAAGCGUGCACAAGAAGACGAACGCAUGCAGGGUGAGAAAACGAUUGAACUGUUAAGACUGGAAAGAGAGAAACAGAUGCGAAAGCGGCGGGAACACAGACGUCGAGAGUGCUUUUCGGAUCGUAAGAGGCUGUGGGACCAGCUAGACUAUCUGCGGUAGAAUACCCCGCCAAAAGUCUGACUUCCAUGUUAAUUCUUUGUACAUACUGUAUAGAAAAUCCUAGUAAAUUUAAU